AAUUAUUAUAGAAAAGUGAUAAUAAUUGUUUACCUUUAGUGCGUGUAUUUGCGUGACUAAAAUGACAUAAAUAUAGAAUGUUUGCUAUUUGAAAAGCAUUUCGUAUUCUCAUUAAACGAUAGUAGUGGUCGAGCUAAUGGCAGAAAGUGUUAUCAAAGAUAUUCGAGUCACUGGAGUUGAAAAACCUCGGAAAGGAACAUUUCAAGAGCAUUAUGAAUAUGUAAUAAAAGUUACUUACGAAAAUGGUCGCGAACAUGUAAUCUUCAGAAGAUAUAGCAUGUUAUUUGAUUUUCAUACUGUUCUAAAACAAGUUGUUGAAGACAGCUACCAAAGUGUUCUAAUACUUCCUGAGUUACCUGUUGCCAGGUUUUAUCAUUGUGGCCGCAAACUGCUAAGACUGGGAAUGAACAAGGAGUUAAAACAAAUGACAGAAUAUUGCCAGAAAAUCAAAGUUCUUCUAAAAGUUAUUGCAGAGAAAGAUGUUAUUUUAAAAUUCUUUGAUCAACUAGAAACAGAUGUUAUUCAAGGUGAAGCUUAUCAAGAAGUUGAUACCAAGAAGCAAGAAAACCUUGGAAAAGAUCACACUGACAGAAACACAAAUGAAUUAGUUCAGGAUCAGUAUGUUUCAAUCGAAGACUUUCAUACUGAUGGUGUUGAUGAACUUUCGGUUAAAAAAGAUGAAGUUGUGACUGUUAUUGAGAAAAAUGCAUCUGGAUGGUGGCUUGUCUCAAAUGAAAUGGGAGUAACAGGUUUUGCUCCAGCAACUUAUUUGCAACAUGUGGAUGGUGAAAAUAUUCAGGAUGAAUGGCAAAAGGCCAGUGGACCCAAUUAUAUUUAUACUGCCAUUAGCAGUUACAAAGCACAGUCGCCUGAUGAAAUAAGUUUUCAGGUUGGAGAUGAAGUUGAAAUUCUUGCUAUCAGUAAGACUGGAUGGUGGAAAGUGAGAUUUAAUGGCAUGACUGGUCUUUGUCCUUCUUCAACUUUGGCCAUUAAGGAUAACUCACAUUACUACGAAGACCCCAUGAAUGUGUACAGAAAAGCUAUUAUGUCAUCUUUCAAGAAAUAUUCCCAGCGAAGAACUCCUCCACGGAUAGGAUCUUCUAAAAGUAUUGAAAGUCAGAUAUAUGAAAGUAUUGAUGACUACAACCAAGUAGAACCUGAGAGGUUUACACCACCUCAUAGUGUUGUCAAAUACACAAAGAUUAUACCAAAAAAUUUGAGAAAAGAACCUCAAACUCAAGAACCAAACAACAAUCAAAGAGAAAAUAGUGAGAUAAAAUAUGUAAACGUUCCUGUCAUCAAAGAUGGUACUCCCCAUUAUUUAGAUGGCCAGAAAGCAGAGGCUAUCAAUGUACACGUGACAAGGAAGGAUUACUAUGGUAACGGGCUGUCUUUACGUCAAGGCGAGAUGGUUCAAGUGAUGUCAGUUAUGCCUGAUGGUUUGAUGUGGAAAGUAGCUACCUUAAACCCACCUUAUAAGGAAGGUCUCAUACCCUCCGAUCUCUUAUGUCCUGAACUUCUACAUCCAUCUAAUGUUGCUGAAUCUCUUGAUGCACAAUGUACGAUUGAAGAUGAUACGACACCGUUGAAGGUCUUACCAAGGUUUACAUCUCCACCUUCCUUCAGAAAACCCAUCCCAGUCCCUAGGACUACUGUCAGAGCAGGAGUAAACGGCGAACAAUUUAUAAAAGCUUUAGUCGACUAUAAUUCGGGCCAAACAGAUUUGCUGAAAUUUCAGAAGGGGGAUACUGGACGCUUGGUCAAAAAAACUAACACUGGAUGGUGGUUUAUUGAACUCAAAGGUGUCGAGGGCUGGGUUCCUGCAAUGUACUGGUGUCUAAAUGAUAGAGAAUGUAUUGAUGAAAAGAAUUUAGAGAUCUCACGACUUGGUGGAAAUAAAUCGUGGUUUUGCGGUAAAAUGUCUAGAGUAGAAUGUGAAGAUCUAUUUGAGAAGCGAGGAAAACAUCUGGAUUUCAUUCUUAGAGAAAGCGUUCAAAGAGUUUCGUCAUAUGCGCUUUCCGUCAAAUUUAUUGACAAAGUUCAUCACUUUCCAAUCGAGAUAUCGUCUUCGGGAAAAUUUCUUAUUGGCAAACUAAGUUUCGACAGAUUGUCUGAAAUUGUCAUACACUAUAGCGUACAUCCACUCUUCUAUACGGAGAACAAACAGCCUGUGUCGAUUGGCAAACCUCUUUCACGAGUUUAGUUCCUAUGAUCCAAUAAUCAGUGGUUCUUUUAUAUAUACACUUCCUUACACUAGGAAUAUACAUUGAACUAUUUUUGCAGCGGUAGGAAUCUGUGAAAAUCAUAGAUAAAACGAUGUAGACAAGCUGGCAAAAACAAUUUUUUUUUCGUUAAUGAAACUUCGAAGUACUUA